AUGAUUGCGACUGGACUGCUAACAAACAGAGCUGUGAGAAGUCCUAGUUACCGUUCCAAUGGUCGUGAAAUGUUUUCUCCUUUGAUUGUGACACAGGCAAAGAGAACCAGUGAGUUUCUGUUCCUCGUGCUUUGUAUUGUGAUGUUGACUAGCCCAGCGUUGGCCUACCCUAGAAAACGUCCGCCGCCAACUAAACUAAAUAACAUCACGGAAAUUUCCGUGCCCCGCUGUCGUCAAGUGGACCCCGAGCACCUUCGCUACCGUAUGGGAAAACACUACGACGAUUCGAUGAUGGCAAUGGACGAGGAAGAUGUGAAAAGGAGCACGUUAAGAGAACGUUCUAUAGAGGACGACGAUGAUUACGAAAACGAUGAUGAAGAUGAUGAAUUCAGUGAUACGGUAGAUGAUUUCGAUUCGAAUAUAGAUUCGAUUUCGAAUACAAUGCUAAGUGAUGAUGGUUACAGAAACUCACAAGACAGAACGGUUCGAACGCAGGACUCUGCGUAUCUAGAUUCUAGAAAAUUCAUGAGACGGAAAAAACGACAAGCUAUAGUCGAAGAUGACGAGGAGGAAGACGAUUUCGAUGAUGAUGUGACAUUUUACCAAAGAUUAAUGCAAUUAAAUGUAAGACAUAAGAGAGCCGGCGCUCGCAAUGGAAGAAGACGAAAGCAAAAACUUAAGCGAAAAGAACACUUGUCAUGGAAAUGUAAGAUGAAGAAGAAAUGGAAUAAAACUAAACCAGGGUAUUUUCCCAAGUAUUAUAAUUCCGUGGAGUGUUUAACAAAAUUGUGUUAUUAUAAGUUAAACGAGUGCGUUGAGCAGGGAUACACAAUCAACUUGUUUAAAAUGGACCCUAACCGGUGUAAUCCGGUCCCCACGGUGGGGCUCAAUACCACGUAUGAGGAAGUUUGGGUGUUCGAGAAACUUCAUGUCAACGUCUGGUGUGAGUGUGGCAAUCCAAAGAACAAACGAAAAAGAAAAAAUCGACGGAGACGGCCACGAGAUGUGUGAUGGUUAUAGACUAGGGAUUUACCGUGACAUUGACGUGUUCGUGCGUAUGCGCCAACUGUGAUACAAUGGUGCCGCAACCCAAUGGAUUAAUUUUAACAGAGAAAGUUUUCCAGGAGGAGUAUUCAUUCCAUCUGUUGCUAUAAAGGACAGGCCUGACUGACUCUUUGGCCUGUGUGUACUAGCCAGAGUCUUUA